AUGAAGUUCACGCUUGGAAACAGAGCCGCUAUGGCGGAUACGCCUAGUGAGGUUAUGAACUGGCGCUUAUACUGGAGUACUUUUGUCUUCGGUGUUCUAGGUGCCAGUCGUGGUCUCGACGAAGGUCUCGUCGGAGGCAUGGUCACGCUCAAGAGCUUCAAAGAAGAAUUCGGCCUCGAUCACGGAUCCGAAGAACACCAAGCCCAAGUCGAGUCCAACAUCACCAGCAUGGUUCAGAUCGGGUCCAUCGCUGGUUCUCUCCUUGCAUUCUUCCUCUGCGAUAAGAUCGGUCGUGUUAGAUCACUUCAAUUCCUUUGCAUGCUUUGGCUUGUUGGUUUCAUCAUCGUAAUUACUAGCCAUGGAAGCGUGGGACAGGUUCUGGCUGGACGAUUUAUCGCUGGCCUGGGUAUUGGUAUGACUGUCGUUGUUGGCCCGACAUACCUUGCGGAGACUGCACCGAGGGCUGUGCGUGGUAUGCUCACCAAUAUCUUUGCCGGUUCUGUCUACCUUGGUGUCAUGGUUGCGUACUUUAGCAACUGGGGCGCUUCCAUCAACAUGCCCGACUCAUCUCGAUACCAAUGGGUUGCACCUCAAACAUGCCACAUUGGCUUCUCUGGACUACUUCUCAUCCUAUCCUUCACUGUCCCUGAAACCCCACGCUGGCUCACCAUGAAGGGUCGAAAUGAAGAGAGCACCAAAGCCCUCUGCAAGCUUCGACAACUCCCCGAAGACCACCCUUUCGUCCAAGCUGAAUUGUACGGCAUCCGCGAACAACUUGAGCGAGAGCAAGAAGCCAUCCUCGGUGUCUCCCGAUGGGGUAAGAUCCGAGAACUUCUCACAAUUCCCGCCAACAGAUAUCGCUUCAUGCUCGGCUUCAUGGCUCAGCUCUUGGGUCAAUGGUCUGGCGCUAGUGCCAUCACCAUCUACGCCGCUGAGUUCUUUGGCGUCCUAGGAAAGUCUGGCCAGUCUGAGAAGCUCUUCGCUACUUGUAUUCUUGGUGUCGUCAAGUUGGUCUCUGCCUAUGCAUGCGCUUUCUUCCUCGUCGACUUCAUCGGUCGUCGUCGAUCGCUAUAUGCUGGUAUUACUCUUCAGACCAUUUCAGUUUUGUACAUCGCCAUCUUCCUUGCCAUUGUUGGCACCAAGACUCUUGAGGAUGGAACUUUGACAAGCACACAGAAGCAUGCUGGCGUUGGCGCAAUUGCAAUGCUGUACAUCUCAGGUGUCGGUUGGACCAUGGGUUGGAACUCUUUCCAGUAUCUCGUCAACGCUGAGAUCUGGCCCCUUCGCCUUCGUGCCCUGGGUAGUUCCAUCACCAUGUGUCUCCAUUUCGCGAACCAGUACGGCAACACCAAGGCUGUUCCGCUUAUGCUGCUUCACAUGACAAGCAGUGGAUUCUUCUUCUUCUGUGCUGCUGUCUGUAUUCUCGGUCUCAUCUGGGUCUGGGCAUUUGUUCCCGAGAUGGCAGGACGAUCGCUUGAGAGCACCGAUGAACUGUUCUCUCUGCCUUGGUACAAGAUUGGUCGCUAUGGAAAUAAGCUGGCUCCUGAUAAUGAGGCUAUUUUGGCCAAGGACGAGAAGGCUGAGAUGAAGCGGGAGGUGGAGGUAAGUCAACUGGAGCAAGCAUAA